AUCGAAGCAGAGGCGGAGACUGUGCGGCGCGAGCGUGAGACGCGUCGAGGAAAACAAAGUUCACGCCAGAACUACUGUCGGCUCAUGCCUCAAGCGCUCAUCUACCGGUCAUCGGUCAAGCAGGUUCACGAAGCAGAAUCUANAAAGAUGCUGUCUGCUGCUACGAAGCCGGUCAUGCGAAAUGCUACCAGCAAAAUCCCGAUUAUCGUCUCUCGAGCUCGCUCGGAGCGAAUUGUUGGGUCGAGCNCGAUGACGACUGUCUCGCCAGCUGGUUCUGGUGCAGCGGUCAGAGGUAUACGCUCGCGGAUCCCGGUGCCAGCAUCUCGUCUGUCACCAACGGGCAGACAGGUGUCUGCCAUCUCUGCUGUGCUAACUUCUNCACCAACGGGCAGACAGGUGUCUGCCAUCUCUGCUGUGCUAACUUCUGCCGUGCCACAGGUGUCAGUCAAGGCGGUCGAGUCGCUGCUCGCCUACGACGCCGACUUCGAAGCCUGGAAGGCAGCUGUCGACACUGACGACAAUGACGCGCCUCUCGUCAUCCCGGCGGAGCUGCAAGCUUCGAGCGAUGCUGACUCUGCCAUCUUGGAUGCUGCAGCGCUUGCAGAAGUUGCUCUGGCGAUCCUCAAGGAUGGCUUCUGCCGGCGACCUUUGGCGAUUCGACCUGGCAACAAGUCGGUCUUUCCUGGCGGACUCAUAGCGCAGUCUUCUUGUGCGAUGAUAGCGAGGAGAGUGGUCUACGAGGGUCAAGACAGCGCCUCGUCUUGUCUUCAGGGUAAUGCACGCAGGGCAUCGCAGAGCAUCGCAGGGAAUCGCAGAGCAUCGCAGGGAAUCGCAGAGCAUCGCAGGGAAUCGCAGAGCAUCGCAGGGAAUCGCAGAGCAUCGCAGGGAAUCGCAGGUAUACAGGUCCAGCCCUCAAGAUCUUCGACUUCGACGUGGCUUGUGUGCGCUUUCGCUUUCGUUGGUCUGCUUAUUGGCUUGCUUUUUGACUGAGCUUGGACUCUGGCAUUGUUGGAUAGAUUGCAAAGACGCUGGUCGUUUCUGCUCGCUUGCUUGCCCCGUUCAGCUUGACUUUGAAACCGAAAGUCGCGUGGCGACAGAGGAGUGACUAGGUGACAUGUGACAAUGAGUGUGUUGAUGGCAUGAAGGUGAGGUGCGAGACGUUUCCAGUCGCCGAACCGAGAGAUCAUCGUUGUAGGCUGCAUCUGGCGCAAGCAUAGAUGCGCACUUCCAACCGUCCCAAAGCGCGGCUGAGAAGCUUCGAAUUUACGGUCCUCUCCACGCUACCAGAGCGUUGCUUGGUGCAAUCACCAAUCCGGACGGCCGUCUGGCCAUCUCACGUGUAUCCUGAUACGUUCAGGGUUGUGAUCGCGCUAUGUGAGGUCUGAAUGGAAAUUGCGGUUCGGAACAGAAAGCAGGAC